AUGACCAUUCGCGCUAACAAGUUCACGCCUGAGGUCUUACUCAGUGCGCCGCGUCGCUCAGAGGGUAACCCGAAUUCGGAUGGCUCCAAAAUUCUGUACAGCACGUCAACGUACAGCUUCGAGGAGCACGCCAAGACUUCCGAGAUCCGCGUGCUGGAUGUGAAGAGUGGCGAAACCAGCCUCAUCUCUGACAGCGAAGGUGCUAGUGAGCCGCAAUGGCUGGACGACGACACGGUUCUGCUGCUGAGCGAGGGGAAGGAAGCGACGAGCGUCAAGGUGGGCCCUGUUAAGGGCUUUGGUAACAGCUACGAUGCCGGCACGAUCAAGGGCUCGGUCGGCAAUGUCAAGCUGGUGUCACUCGAUGAUGGCGCAUACGGCAUUGCAGUGACAGGCAAGGCAACCCCAUCUGGCGAUCUUUAUAAUGAGAAGGAAGAUAAGAAGCCGCAAACUUCUGGCCGCUUGUACAACUCGCUCUUUGUACGCCACUGGGACCAUUGGGUUACCGACAACCGCAACGCCAUCUUCCUAGCCACGCUCAAGAAAGACGGGGACAAAUACAAGCUCUCACAGCUGAAGAACGCCCUCAAAGGAUCACAGCUCGAGAGUCCGGUCGAACCCUUUGGUGGAACUGACAACUUUGACAUCUCGAGCCACGGUCUAGUGUUCACCGCAAAGGAUCCUGAUCUGAAUCCGGCAACGCAUACCAAAACGAACAUAUACACCGUCACAGCGAAAGACUUCUGGAGCGAACUUUCCAAGGGCAUAAACGAACCUUUCAAGGUUCCAAUUCACGGGUUUGAAGGUGCAAGCACGAGGCCAACCUGGGACAACGAGGGCAAAGCGAUUGCAUUCUUCUCCAUGCGAACGGACGGAUACGAGUCGGACAAGAACCAGGUCUUCAUCAUUCCAGACUGGACCAACCCAGGCUGGGUUCAGCAUCUUUGGGCGAGCGAAGACGGAAAGGGUUCCUGGGAUCGCAGCCCUCAAUCCAUUACGUGGGGUGCCAACCAGGAAAUCUAUUUUACUGCCGAAGAAGCUGGUCGAAUAAGUCUGUUUGCUUCAUCGUCAGAUUUCAGCAAGUCAACACGCACGCCUAAGUUGAUUGUCAAGGGUGGUGGAAUCUCAAGUGCAAUAUUAUUGAAGGAUGGAUCGCUUUUCCUGUCGUCAUCCAGCCUUAUUGAGAACAGCUUGUAUUCUAUGUUGCCUGCGAGUGCAUUCCUGGAGAUCAGCGCGAACGGCGGUUCAUACUCGCUACCGCUCAACGAUAGCGCUCCUGGACAGGACCCAGCUACUCGGGCUACGAAAUAUGUCUCAUCAAACACGCGCAGCGGCUCUACCUUCGGACUGUCUCGCGAUCAGAUCGAGGAAAUAUGGUUUCCGGGUGCGAACAACAAGACAUAUGUCCACGCUUGGGUCUUCAAACCUUCAAACUUCAAGAAGGGCCAUAAGUAUCCGCUCGCGUAUUUCAUUCAUGGCGGUCCUCAAGGCGCAUGGGAGGACUCAUGGUCUACGCGUUGGAACCCCGCUGUGUUUGCAGAGCAGGGUUACGUUGUUGUCGCGCCAAACCCGACGGGCAGCACAGGCUAUGGACAGGAUUUCACGGACGCCAUCAAGGGUCAAUGGGGAGGUCUCCCUUACCAAGACCUUGUCAAGGGCUUCGAAUAUAUCAAAGAAAACCUCCCGUACGUCGAUAUCGAGCGCUCCGUUGCACUUGGUGCCUCGUACGGUGGCUACAUGAUGAAUUGGAUUCAGGGCCACGACCUAGGCCGCCAGUUCAAGGCUCUAGUUACGCACGACGGUGUCUUCAGUAUGACUGCACAGAUGGCCUCCGAAGAGCUUUACUUCCCCUUCCACGACAUUGGUGGAAAGCUGUGGGAGAACCCUGAAGGUUGGGCUCAGUGGGACCCUUCGCGCUUUGCUGGCAACUGGGCUACGCCUCACUUAAUUAUCCAUUCCGAAAAGGAUUAUCGCUUGACGAUGAAUGAGGGUCUGGCAGCCUUCAAUGUGCUGCAGGUCCGGGGUGUACCGAGCCAGUUCUUGACGUUCCCAGAUGAGAACCACUGGGUACUAAAGCCGGAGAAUAGCCUACUGUGGCACGAGACUGUGCUGGAUUGGAUCAAUGAGUAUGCUGGCUUGGAGAAGUACACCGAGUGGAGGGCGAAGAACGGAGCUGUGCGCAAGUAG